UUCAGGCGAUCCUCUCCACUGCCCCCAAGCUGGCUGAGGCUCUCCGGCCUCUCUUUGAGAAGCUCUCAUCCUUUGGCUUAUUCCGGAGGGUGAUGGAGGCACUGGUGGAAGGGGGAACAUGGGCCUUGGCGAUGGACAUGCACCAGACCCUGGUGCUGUGGUUCUUCAUGGAGUAUGACGAGCACCAGUGCGUGGCAGAGGUGCCCACCAUCGUGAGAUCCAUCCACAAGCUCCUCACCGUCCACGGGCCUCCAAAUGUCAGGAUGCAGGGGAAGAUCCAGAGGCUUGCUAAGGCACACCCGUGUGAUGUUGUGAUGACUCUGCUGCGCUGUGCCCCAGAGUGUGACAGAGCCUCUGCCAUGAUGUGGAAGAGCAUUGCCUCCUCGGGAACAGCAGUGGAGAAGGUGCUGCCAACACUGCUGCGAGUGAUGGUGGAUUGGCCGGCACACAACAUUUCCACCUCCGAUGGUGACAACAGAGACGUGUUUGCCCUGGCUGCAACCCUGGCCUUGUGGCUGAUCCUGCAGGAGCCCGAGUGCCAGGAUGCAGUGAUGGACUGUGUCCCCCACCUGCUCGUGGCUCUGCUCUUCCAAGUGUCCAUGAGCACAGAGCAGGUGCCAGAGGAGGUGAACACGUUCUGGAGGGGAUGUCAGGAGCAACAUCGCCUUCCCAGUGACCCCAACAGGUUUCUGGUACAGACCAUCAAGGCCCUGCUCUGCCGCCUGCAGUGGGUCAAUGAGGUGGUGUCACUGGAGCGCAAGCGUGGCUGGGACACGCUCCUCUGUGCUGGCACCCAGCACUACGCAGUGGGGCUGCUGGCAGGUGAGACACCCUUGGAGAUGCGCCACGUCUUGCUCCCUUUCUAUUCCCGCAUGGCAAUCCACCUGCUGGGGCUGCUCAGUACUGAGGACCCCCGUUGGGAGCUGCCUGCCCUGGCCCUCCUUGUCGAGGUCCUGGACUACCUGGACUGGAGUCAAUGUCGUGACAGGGUCCUGCCGAUCCUGUCAAGGAACCUGCAGAGCGAGUGCUCAGAGAGGCAGCGCCUGGCUCUGAGAGGCCUCCUGGUGCUCGCUGUGGAUCCCUCAAUGGCCGAAAGCAUCUGCAGCCUUUCUGAAAGCCUCCUGGAGCUGCUGCACCAUGCAGACGGGGAGCUGAUCAGGAUGACGCUCUCCGUGUUCCUGACUGUGCUCCGGGGUGAAGACAUUUGGGCAAUCAUCUCCACUGCCCCCAGGCUGGCUGAGGCACUUCGGCCACUCUAUGACAAU